AUGUCGCUACCGUUGUUCCCAAAGUACGGAGAGCUUAUCCCCGAGUUGAAACUCGAGAUCUGGCGCCAGGCCUCGCUCUCUCCUGGUGUCCAUUACUUUCACGUCAAAACGCGGAUAGAUAAUCUAGGCGGUCAUGUCCGAAGAAUCGAAAUCACUCCUUCCGGUCAGGUAGACUCGGAUCCCUCAGUAUGGAGAGUUCGCGCCAACAUUGCCAACAUCGACAAACACUCAUCGGAUGUCACAAAGAAGCUUCUAGAAGGGCCAUCAGCUAAGGAACUCUGGAGACCAAAGCGCGGAAAGAAUCCCAGCGCUGUGAUUGAUUGCGAUAAUGAUGUUGUCUGUAUUCGGUUCCAUGGUCCUAUCUAUAACCCACUGAUUGGACGCUUUGUAGACUUCGACAAAUUGUCGGGCAUUAAGCGCGUCGCCGUCGAAUACAAGAAAAAUUGGACGCAUGACGUCCCCUCGUACCGGACCUUGAUCGACCCGAUGUUCCACUGCCUAUGUGUUAAUCUGGUCCACAAAGUCACUUGUCCCAAAACUGUGGCAGACUUUAUUCAAUACUUUCCGGAUAUUGAGGUCUUCUACUUCAUGGUCAAAUUGACUAGCCCGAACAUCAAGCCUCCCCCGCCGGCCCCAAGAGGAAAGAAGCGAAAUCGACAGGGAGUUGUUAAGAAGGAAGGUGACCAGCAACCCGAGCCCGCACCGGCAGAAUCAAGAACACGAACAAAAGCUGCACAGGUGAUUUCAGAGACCUUCACCAAGCUCCGAGAUAUUGCAGAACGCAACAAACUCGAAACUUUUGAGGAUAAGGUGAACACUUACUGCGAGGCACGAGAAGCCGACACGACUUGCCUCACCAUGCACGAUGAAAUAUGGGAGGUCUUUGGCGAGCUGAAGGACCUUUGGAGACUUAUCAAACUUAUCAAGACGAAAGUCCCGAGUCCCUACCAGCUCAGAGAGCCCGAACUUAAAGUCCUGGUCUACACUGAGUUGCACAAAAGGUAG